AUGACAGUAUAUGUAAUCCAGAUGGCAUAUGCUUGUGAGAGCGAAGACUGUGACCAUGAUGCCCCAAGUUUGGGGGAUAGGAAUCAUGCUCUGAAAACCUUUAAUAUUCUCAAUCAACUCAAUUCUGAAAAGAGGAGGAACAAUCCAUCCAACGUUAUACCUUUCAUCGGGAUCACAGAUACAAGCAAAUUGAACAAACACUGCUGCAAAAAUGGAGGAACUUGUUUCCUGGGAACUUUUUGUAUAUGCCCAAAACAUUUCAGUGGGAGAUACUGUGAAUAUGAUACAAGGAUCAGGAAUUGUGGUUCUCUCGGACAUGGUGAAUGGUCUCAAGAAGAAUGCCAAUUAUGUCGCUGUAUUUAUGGGACUCUGGAAUGCCUACCUAAUGUUCACAAGCAAGGAUGUGAGUCUGCUGGUUCCAGAUGACCUGGAC